AUGCGUUCCUUCGUUCCGUUCAGCGUCAUUCUGACGAAGAUUGCUAGCCGUGAGAACACGCGAGACCCUCCAAAGAUCAGAUUCCUUGGAUUAUUCGACACUGUCAAGAUGACCUUCGGCAAAGACACUAUUGACAUAUCCGAUCUUAGCUUCACCAACGAGAUCAGACACGCCCUAGCCAUAAACGAGGAGCGAAAGACCUUCCCUCUGCUUCCAAUCGAUCCGAUCGAGAAUACCGAGGUCAAACAGAACAACCACCGCUGUAUCCAGGCAUGGUUCGUAGGUGCACAUGCAGAUAUGGGUGGAGGCACUGAUCACGACGGACUGUCACUGUACCCUCUCCAGUGGAUGAUGAUUGAGAGCAUGGCUCAGGGUCUAGUUCUUGAUUAUGAUCCUCCUGAUUGCAUCAAGGGUCUGAUUGAUAGUCCUAUGGACCUCGCCUUCCCCAAGCCCCCGAAACUUGCUGAUCUUGGCGACAAAGUCUUAGAGGCCGAUGUUCCAGCGAGUCUUCUCAAGACUGAACCGUGGACAUUUAGGUACUCCAGUGGCAUUGAGAUCACGAUGUACGAUCUCCGGCAAUCACAUAAUCACGGGAACUUGCAGCAGGUCCCGAGACGGAGACUCCAGAGAAGUGUGGGCCCGAAUGGCGAGCAGAAGAUUCGGUCUACGCAUGAAGUCCUUGUGAACAAGGGUUUCAAGGGCUUCGCGCUAGGAAACAGGCAUAUUUUCGACACCCAAAGACGUGGAUAUCUCAAGGGAUACAGCGACAUUUCUCUUGGCAGUUUGAUGGAUCACUUGGAAUCAUUCCGCAGCAGCUUGAAGUAUCUUUCGGAGAAGGUAGAAGCGACCUUCGACCCUUGGCGCAAGGACUUCUUGAUGUCUACGAGUUGCAGGAUCUUGAUCUGUGGUAACACUGGUGUUGGGAAGUCCACGCUUCUCAACCGUGUCUUUGGCAUUGCGAUGACUCAGGAGAACUCCAACCAACGAGGCGAGCAUGAUAUCGAGCAGGCCUUUGAGUCGGAUCUACACCCGGGUAUCAUCAUUCACGACUCGGAAGGUUUCCAGGCAGGUAACAGCAAAGAGGUCUCUGCCUUCAAGAAGUUUCUGAAAGCGAGAUCCGGCAGCCCGGAUAUUAAGCAGAACCUUCAUGCGAUAUUCCAAUCGGCGCUGGCGAAUGUGUUGCAAGAAGUCAUUGAGAUUUGCCCCUUGACGCCCGUUGUUAUUGUUGGUACCAAGAAGGACAAGUAUCUCCUCUUCAAUCGGGGCAAAAUGAAUGAAACGGAAUUGCUUUCGGCAAGGGAGGCCAUCUUCAGACAGAAGUUUGCCGAAGAGCCAGAGACGUCUCCAUUUUGGCCAGAGCUCAAGGCUAACUUCGCAUUCGUCUCCAAAGACGACCAAGACUCCAUCAAGGCAUUGAUCCAGAUGACCAUGGAGAGCUUCAGCAGCCCAAUAGUAUCUGAGGCAAUGGUCGCUGCCCAGGUCCCGGAUAUCGACGCAAAAAUGGACCAAGCCAUUGAAAAGACGCUCAAGCUCCUCAGAGCAACAGUAGCUGCUGCGGGGAUUGGCCUCGGGACCGGAGUCGUCUCGGCCAUGACUACGCCCACCAUCUCAAAGCUGCUCUGUCAAGAGAUUGCGCAUGGGUCCUUCGGCAUCCCGAAAGCCAGCAUAGGUGACAUCAACGAUGUGCUUUCUGGUGUCGUCUGGAGAAACCUCGCGCCGUUCAUGGCUAUGAGUCUGAGCCAAUCCUUCAUCAUCUGGGGUGGUGCUAUCUGCCUCACCUGUACCACGGUAGUCGGUGGGAUCCCGCUUGCCUUUGGCGCCCCUCUUCUCGAGGCACCAGCAGCGGUGCGGAUGAUUCUUAAGUGCGCCUGUGACCUGAUCCUCAUCUUGGAUCAGGCUUUCAGUCAGUAUGGCAAAGGAGUUACGAAGGAGAACAUCAAAGCAGUCGCCGCUAUGUACUUGAAGAGUAGAGUCAAGACCAUGAAAGACGGCGUGGAGAUCUAA